AUGAAGGAGAUCUUCAAUUCUUUUUUUUCGGUUGCUACUGAGGUGACUGGAUAUACCGGCACGGGAUACGUUGGUGGCUUUGAUACCGAGGGUGAUGAGAUCAAGUUCAACGUCACCAGCGCCACUCAGGCUCUUUAUGACCUGAAAAUCAUUUACAAUGGUCCCUAUGGAGACAAGUAUACCACUGUCGUGCUGAAUGGCGCUGGAGGUGGCCAGGUUGCUUUGCCGGCUACGACCUCUUGGGUCACCGUGCCUGCUGGACAAGUCCUCCUCAAUGCCGGAUCGAACACGAUUCAAAUUCAGAACAACUGGGGCUGGUAUCUCAUCGACGCCAUCACUUUGUCGCCCGCCGCGGCACGAGGCCCACACCAAAUCACCACAACUCCAGUGAACCCAAAUGCCGACGCCAACGCGAAAGCACUUUUGAAAUACCUCGGCAGCAUUUACGGGAAGAAUAUCCUCUCCGGACAGCAAGACCAAGCCUCCCUGGACUGGGUCACCACCAACGUUGGCAAGACUCCCGCGAUCCUAGGCGUCGAUUUCAUGGACUACACAGAGUCCCGCAUCUCCCGCGGAGCCUCGAGCACAGACGUCGACAAGGCCAUCGCCUUCGCUGCCAAGGGCGGCAUCAUCAACUUCGUAUGGCACUGGGGCGCCCCGGUCGGACUGUACGACACCGCUGAGCAGCCAUGGUACUCCGGUUUCUACACCGCGGCGACAGACUUCAACCUCACUACCGCGCUGAAGGACACCACAAAUGCCAACUACACCCUCCUGGUCAAGGACAUCGACUCCAUCGCGGUGCAGCUAAAGAAGCUCGAGGCGGCUGGUGUCCCGGUUCUGUUCAGGCCGUUGCAUGAGGCUGAAGGCAAGUGGUUCUGGUGGGGCGCUCAGGGCCCCGAGCCGGCUAAGAAGUUGUGGAAUAUCGUCUACGACCGAAUCACGAACUACCACAAGAUCAACAACUUGCUGUGGGUUUGGAAUUCGGUUGCGGCGGACUGGUACCCGGGCAGUGCUACCGUUGAUGUCGUGAGCGCGGACACCUACACUCAGGGUGACCACGGCCCCAUUUCAGCGACUUACAACGCGCUGCUCGACCUAGUGAACGACACCAAGAUCAUCGCCGCAGCCGAGAUCGGCUCGGUCAUGGACCCAGCGCAGUUGAAGCUAUACCAAGCAGACUGGGUCUACUUCGUCGUUUGGAGCGGUGACUACAUCUCUGGUGGAACCUGGAACACACUAGACUUCCUCAAGUCUGUCUACUCCUCAGACUAUGUUCUCACGCUUGACGAGAUCCAAGGCUGGAAGAACGGUGGGGGUGCUGUGACGAGCACGAGCAGGACCACUGCCACGACAAGCACGCGUUCCACCACAGCACAAACCUCUCCGACCGUACGGACGAGCACUACCACGCUUCCGACAACAUCGACUACACUGAGGACGACCACCUCGACCAAAGUCUCGUCGGCUACUCCCACGGCCACUGGGGUCGCCCAGCAGUGGGCCCAGUGCGGAGGAAAUGGCUAUGCGGGUCUGACUGCUUGCGCAAGUCCUUUUGUCUGCACAAAGCAGCUCGUUUUUAUCCUGAUACAGUAG